UCGUUUUUGAACAGCAGCGCUGAUUCAACAUGGACGCAUGCGAGCAAGCCUGAUAGAAAAAGUGGAAGCGGUGUGUUUGUCGGUAAAAAAUGAGCAAUAGCAGAGUGGCCUGCAUACUUUGUCAGCAAUCCAAAGAGACGAAGAUUACCGGAACCUUGUCGACUAAAGAUGAAGUCACGGCUCACCAGAACUGCCUGUUAUUUUCUGCUGGCAUCUUUUGCCGGGAUUCACCAAAGUACGAUGACCUGUUUGGCUUCUCGGUGGGGGAUGUGCUGAAUGAGGUGAAACGAGGAAGCAAGCUGACCUGUAACCACUGUAAGAAAAGGGGAGCCACUGCUGGGUGUGAAGUCAAACGCUGCAAAAAGUCCUACCAUUACCCGUGUGCUCUUAAAGAGGGAGCGACGACUAUUGAAGAUGAUGACCAUGGGCGCUAUGUGAUAUACUGCUCAUCUCACUCUGAGCAGCAAACACAAAAAAGCGCUUCCACAAAUGAGUUUGCCUCUUCCACCAAAAAGCCCAGAACCUCCAAAAAACUCAAAAACUCCCCAAACCCCAACGCACCCGGACCAUCUAAGGUAUGUUGCCUAACCUGUGAGAAGAGAGAAGGUAAUAUCAGCUUGGAAAGUUUGUCUAAUAGCAUUGUUAUGUCAUAUUGUGACAAACAUGCUCCUGCGUCACUUAAGAAGAACACCGACGGAGAAGGUACUGCAGCUGGAUCCUCUGUACACAGCUAUGACUCCAGCUCAUCUAACAGUACAAUGUGUAGUUCUUCCAAGAGACAGUUGAGUGACUGUGACAAGCGGGAGGAGACCCUCUUGAAACCUAAGCUUCGCCGGAAGAGGAGACUCUCCGAUUCUUCAAAUUCAGUUGACAAUGACAAUAACACUCCAAUGGAUAUAUACGCCCCAUUAGAGUCUGAUAUAGAUGAAAAUGCAAACUCCGUCCCAGAGCUCGAAACUGUGCCUGAGGUUAUCAGAAGAGACACCAAGAGUCCUGCUGUGUCUUUAUCAGGAAAUCGCAUUGAGGAUGAAUUUAAUGAUGAAGACGACACAAUCAUAGAAUCAGAUGCUGAGUCAGAGAGUCUGCUGCUUCCCGUAAAGAUCUGCAUACAGACCCAGUCACUUACAAUGUCAGCUGGUGAACUCUCACCUCAGACUGAAUCUGCUCCACCUGAAGAUGUUCUGGUUAAUGCAGAUGUAGAGCCGGUCGUAGAUGAACACGAGGGGUCCAGUCCCAAGCAGAACGCUGUCCAAACCCCGGGUCAACUCACCGGUGGAUCCUCUGUCUCACCCCCUCCCUCUCCUGGCCAGUCCAAAUCUCCCCCUCCAUACUUCACCUCCCUGAAGUCUCAUACUUCACCUCCCUGCACUAGCUCGGCCACAGCCCUGGCUCCGCCUGAAUGCGCCAGUGUAUCCAUUAACUCCUCCUCUUCCUCUCCUGUGGCACUUCCCUCAAGUCCAGAGCCCAAAAUUGACUCCAGCAGCUUCUGGAAAAGCUGUAAUGCAGCAGGAUGUACAGAGGCCAUCUUCACUGACUUCCUUGAUGGGAUGAAAAAUAUCUCCAGCAAAAUCCAGUCAGAUCAGGCCAGCCAGGAGGAAUAUGAUCUUGCACUGUCGGUGAUGGCAGCUUCUGGAAAAUUGUCAGAAUUUGUGGCUAAGCAGCAAGAAGAGCUACAGAAAAAACAAAUGGAACUGCAGAAGGCAGCGGCAGCGAUGAAAGAUGUCGUCUCAGCACUGAGAAAAUGAGCUGAUGAGCAGCUACUGAGUGUUAGCUAUUAAAGCUAGGUUCUUUUGUCUGUGAUUACAUUUUAUAAAAAAAAUUUAUACUUUUAUAUGGAGUAGGCCUUAAUAUGAAUGAUAUUUUAGCUGAGUGAUUAACUGAAAUGAUUCAAGUUUUUUUUUUUGUUUGUUUUGCUGUAUUUGAGUUACUAAAAAUGUUUGUUUUUUUGUAAUUCAAGACUGUUCUUUUUUUUCUAUAUUAUUGUACAAUACAAAGAUUUAUAUCAAACUAUAUCCCACAAGAUUCUUAAACUGUAAAAAAAAAAACACUGAAAAAGGUUUACCAUAUGUUUAAGGAAUUUCUAUGUUCAUAGUGUCUGUUUUUUCUUAUGUUAUUUAUCAAAGAGGAGUUUUAAAAAGUAAAAUGUUUUAAGACGGUAAUGACAGUAUGCCAGAGAUGUGUUGGAUUAAUCACUUGAAGUUAAGUUACUUGAGCAGUUUUAUAUUUUUUUUCCCAUACUCUGAUCAUUUUAUAUUUUUCAUUUUUGCAGAAAGUGUUAACAUGUUCUAGUUUACUGGCACCCCAAAGAAAAACCUGAUGUGCUGUUUUUCUGACUUUACUAUGAUUUAAAAAAACAAAA